CAAACCACACACCUGGCAUCAGCGAUAGCUCUUGGUAAGGUUAGUCAUCCUAUUAUCUGUAGUUUUUCAUCCUGCUUCCUUCUAUAUGUUUUCGUCGUUCCGCCCUAUCAUAGCUUCUCUGCUCUGCUCAAGGUGUCCGGUCUUUUCGAAGCUCGAUUAAGGCCAUUUACAAGAUUUAUUUGUAAGGCAUGACUGUCUCAGGUUAAUUGUGCCGAUUUAUUCGUUAUUUAUUAGCACAAUGGCAGGCCGGCUAAAGUUCUUUUGGUUUUUGGAGAGGGAGAGGGGGAGGCUGUUCUUGUCGAGUGCCGUACCUUUUUUUUAUUUGUCUCUAACACAAUCCCCUCCAUCCCCCUCGCUCAAGUCCUCCUGCUUGCUGCCUCUCACCAUUCGCUUCCCUUCCAUCUUGUCCCAAGGCUCUCUUUUAUUGCACCACACAUUCCCUCCUUCUCCCCUUGUCGUCUUCUUCCGUCCCUCAUAUUCCUCUUUCUUGUUUCCACUUUGUUUUUGUUUCUUUGCCACUAUAUACCGCCGCUCCUACGACACAAACAUCAUACCUUUCCUCUCUCUCUUGGAAUUCUGCUGGACACACCCGAGAGACGCUCUAGUGCGUACCAGCCAGAUCGACUGCAGAAGCGACCAGCCAAGGGAUAACAAGGCUCGCACUCAUUCAGAGAAGGGGGGCGCAUUCGUUUCAGAGGGCAGAGACCAUUGGAACAACAACCACUCGUUCAGCAGCAGACAUGUCCUUGGAGGACACAGAGUCACCCGUCCUAGACGACAGCCCGCAGGCGGAAACUGUCACCACACGUCCUCGAAAACAAUCGGCUGAAAGCAUUGCUGUACGGCAUAGAAGGGAAGCCAUAGCGAUUGAUGGGCUGAUGUUUGAAUCAGGGUCGGGCCAGGAAGAGUCAUCAUCAAUACCCCUCCAACAAAAUCUAUUUACCAAUCA